GUAUUUAAAUAACAUAAGUUCACAUGUUAGAAUUUUUAAUUUUUUUGAUUAAUACUUAAAAAAUAAAUUUCAAAACAAAAUGCCGCGUGGCGUAAGACGAGCUGCCUAUUUAGGCACAAACAAUUCUGAGGCAGUGUCAAGUCCUCGUCAGAUACGACACCUAACCUUAGCAUCGACUCCAGACAUGUCUGUCACAAAAUUGCCAUUAAAUACACCAAAUUCGGGUACAAUAUUAACAACAUCGAGUCCAAUGUAUAUUACAACAGAGCAAGAUUAUGGUACAACACCUCAACAUCAGAUUAUGCGGGACAUACCAAUGUUACCAUCGAAGCCUACGGAGGCAGUUAAACGGAGGCUUAACCUAGAAUCAGAUAUCAGAGAUGAAUUUAAAACACCACCCCCAAAACAAAAGAAAACGAAGGUGAUGAUAAAAAGACCUCAGGAACGGACUCGUUACGAUACAUCGUUAGGUUUAUUAACUAAAAAAUUUGUUUUACUUUUACAACAAUCUCAAAAUGGUGUAGUUGAUUUGAAUAGGGCAUCAGUGCAAUUAGAGGUACAAAAACGUAGAAUUUAUGACAUAACGAAUGUAUUAGAAGGCAUUGGAAUAUUAGAAAAGAAAUCGAAAAAUAAUAUCCAAUGGAAGUGUGGCCAGAUGCGACAUGACGGACCAAGUGCCCAGCAAUUACAGCAAGAGAUUGCUGAUCUAGAUGAAAAAGAAAAUACGCUUAAAUCAUUGAUAUCGGACUGUGAGGUGGGUCUUCGGCAAUUAAGUGAAGAUCGUAAACUUGCAUAUAUUACGUAUCAGGAUCUCAGGUGUAUCCCCGGGUUCCAGGGACGCACUGUUAUGGCAAUUAAAGCACCACCAGAAGCAAAACUAGAGGUACCUCAACCAACAAAUAAAAAUAAGUAUCAAAUAACUUUACGUUCAGAAAAUGGUGAAAUUGAAGUAUUUUUAUGUUCCAAUAACAAUAAUGAUCAUCAUAGCAGUAAACAAAUACCAAGUCAUAUACCAAUAUGUGAUCCACAAUUAUUGUCGGGUCCAGAAAAUAAUUCCGUUCUUAAUCCAUUACGUCCAAUAUUAACGCCAAGUCGUGUGCGUCGUAAUUUAAUAUUUAAAAAUUGUACACCACAGUCAAAUAUAUUUGCAACGCCCAUCAGUCAUGCGAACGCAAUUAGUAAUACAAUACAACAAAAUAUAAAAACAGAACCAGGACUUUUAAAACAUUCUGUACCGUUCGAAUCGACAUUCACAACUUCACCGUUUUUGUCAGAUCAAAGUACGUCACAGCAUCAUUCAUCGUCAUCGUCACGUUUAAAACAUCAACAGCCAACAAUUAAAUAUGAAGCAGAUGAAUCCACCAGUAGUACAAUAAUUACAAAAUCUUUGUUAUCAUCAAUACAAGAUGAUUAUACAGCGAGUACAAGUAGUUGUGUGUCACAAAUGUCAUCUCACAUUACAGACGACAUUGAAUUGACACCAUUACCAGAGAUUAGUUUAGAUAAAGUUGAUUUGUCACCAUUUAAUGAUGGACCUAGUUUAUUAAAUGAUAUAUCGUUGGUGAAAGGUGAACCAUUGCAUGGAGGGCGACGGGAAGAAGCACAUCGUAGAAUAAGAAAUGCAUUGUUAUCCGAAUCUGAUGAUGUAUUCCAAUCAAUAGGAAGUUUUUCUCUUAAAGGAGAGGACCAACAUUGUUCAAGUUACAGUAGUUGUGAUUUAGAUCCAUUCCUUGCAUUAGAACCACCAUUAUCAGAAAACGACUACAACUUCAGUUUAGAGAAUGGUGAAGGAUUACAUGAUUUAUUCGAUCUAUCGUUUGAUACGUAAAACUAUUGAAAUUACAGCACACAGCAUGCUAAGUGUGCUGUCAUCAUUUACAUAAAAUAUAUAUAUAUUUUUUUAUAUAUACUUAUAUUGAGUGCAUUUCCUUCAAGGAAAAUUCAAAAAAAAUAAUUCAAUUCCCCCACAUACACAUACACAAUAAAAAAA